UGGGCUGCCCGCGCCUCCAGCCUCCCCUCGGUGGCGGCGGCAAGUCCGGCGGCGGCGGCAGCCCCGGCCGGUGGGCCGGCGAAAAUGAUCCUCUGCCCCCCGAGCGCGGAGCCCCCCCGCGGAAAGCCGUGCCAGAGGCUGCAGGUAAGGGAGCCGGAGCCCGAGCGGGGCCCCCGGGCUCCCCCUGCAGCGGAGCCCCGGAGAGGGCCGCCGGUCGUCCCCCCCUCCCCCCCGCAGACUCCGCCGCGGCAGCCCUGCAGCGCCCGGUGGGCUCCGGCCGGGGCCGGGCGGAGGCGAUCGAUGCCCGCCGUGGCAGAGGCAGCCUCGCCAGCAUCUCCCUCGGCCCGGUCCCGCGUCGUCCUGGCCGGGCGGCGGAAGCGGGGAUGCCGGCGCUGCCAGCCCGAACCGCCGCUGGACCGCCCGCCCCCCCCCCCGCGCUGCCAAUCAAACUUGUUUUUCUCGUUCUCCUCUUGCGGUUCGGCGGUCGCGCCGCCAGGGGGCGCUGCGGCUCGCCGGCUGCCGCAUCUGGGACCGGCCAGGAGAGACAAUGGACCGGGACCGGCGGGGGGGGGAGCGAAGCGGUCCAGCUGUUGCCGCCACCGCCGCCUUCUCUGCUCCGCGGGCAGGGGGGCGUGUUCGUCCAGUUCUCUCCGGUUGGACGGGCAGAGCGGCGCUGCUUCCUGUUUUGGGGAGGGGGCGAGCCCCGCUUUCCCUGGGCUGGGCUGCUUCAGCCAAAACUCCCCCCUCCCCCCUCCCGGGCCUUGCCCCACUUCGCCGCUGCCUCCAGAGUCCCGGGCCCGGUUCUUUGUCUGCCUCCUCCUGCAGCAAAGGGGCGAUGGGCUGUUCGGGAUGCGGUUCUCGGGUUCAUUCCCCCCCCCAACACACACACACCCUGAAGAGUGCCAGUUCCAGAGGAGGGUAGAAGAGCAGGCUCUGCCCUCCCAAAUCUGCCUCUUUCCAGAUGUUUGUGAGUGCCCAUCCUGAAAGGAGGAGAGAGGCUCCUUAGGAGCUCCUGGAGAUUUCCUUAAAAGGAGGGGGGGUGUCAGGGGGCUUGUCAAUGGUGGAGCCCCCCACCCACCCCUUGUCUCUUUGCCUUCAGGCUGGCACUACAAUGGUGCCUUUGCUUUUGCUUGGGGAGGGGGCCCCACUGCCUCCCCUGUCCUCCUCGGCAGCUUGGUUGGCCUGUGCAGGGAAGAGUUUCCCACUCCAUCUCCCCCUCCCCCCCAGCCGGUUGGGCCUGGGAUGGUCCCUGCAUCUUUGGGUGUUCCUGGAUGGAUCCUGGUGCUCUUGAUAAGGCCACCCUGGAGGUUACGCUGGGCCUGGAGGAGGCUUGCUCUUCUGUACGAGCUGCUUUCUUGGCCCGGGGGUGGGGUGGGGGAUGGGGGUGGCUCUGGGCCUAGCCCCUGCCUGGAAGGGCUCUUUGUUAGAAAGAUGGGGGAUGUGGAGCCUAGAGACCCCUUGCUUUCUUUGAGCUGCUCCCUCCUUCCAGGGGCCACUUCUGCUCCCAAUAGCCCCCUUGCUUUCCUGGUGGGGAAGAGGCUGGCCAGAGGGGAGAGAGGAGUGUGUCGUCAGGCCCUCCCCUGGGGCUUACCUGGGGAAGGGGAUUCAGCCGCAGAUUUGGCAAAGGAGACCUUGAAGGCCAGCAACAUUUGCUCUGGAUCUGUCUUGAGGCUGAGCAAGAUGAGCACCAGCGACAAGGAGAGGCCUCCCCAGCUGCUCUUCGUGAAGGCCUUGGCCAGCAGGGGCCGGAUCGAGGCCAUCGCCCAGCAGAUGGGCUACCAUCCGCACUACCUGGACAGCUUCCUUCGCAUGCAACACUACCUGCUGCACAUGGAUGGGCCUCUGCCCUUCGACUGCCGCCACUUCAUUGCCAUCAUGGCAGCUGCUCGGCAUCGGUGUCGCUACCUGGUGAACCUUCAUGUGCUGCAGUUCCUGCGGGUGGGUGGAGACCCCCUGUGGCUGAGAGGGCUGGACUGCAUUCCCCCCAAACUCCGCCGGCUCAGUGAGAUCAACAAGGUCCUGGCCCACAGGCCCUGGCUUGUCUGCAAGGAACACAUUGAGAAGCUGCUGAAGAUCAGUGAGCAGAGCUGGUCGCUGGCAGAGCUGGUCCAUGCCGUUGUGCUCCUCGCCCACUACCACGCCCUGGCCAGCUUUGCUUUCGGCUGUGGCUGUGAGCAGGACCUUGGCCCGGAGGGACGGGGCUCCCUGAAGCUGGGCCUCCCAGGGAGCGUCUGCUUUUGUGAUGUGGGCAACGGCUGCAGCCAGGAGCUGCUGCAUUUGAACCGCAAGCGGUCUUUGGAUUCCUGCGUGGAGCUGGAGUCUCUUCGGGAGCGUGUCCACCGGCUGCAGGUGGGCAGUGAGGCCCGAGAGGAGCUGAGGCUGCCUGCCCAGCGGGAAGAAGGCUUUGAUGGGGAAUUCUUGGGGGCCGCAGACCUUUCCUGCUACGUCCUGGAUCCCAGCUUCGGCUACCAGGAGUUUGCACAGUGCAACGAGGAUCAGCCCCAGAUCUUCCGUGUUCAGGAUUAUUCCUGGGAAGACCACGGCUUCUCGCUGGUGAAUCGGUUGUACUCCGACAUCGGGCACCUGCUGGACGAAAAGUUCCAUAAGGUGGACAGUCUUCAUAGCUGCUCGAUGGCCAAGCGGCAGGGCUGCGAGCACGCCACCUUCAAGCGGGGCAUCUGGAACUACGUCCACUGCAUGUUUGGCAUCAGAUACGAUGAUUAUGACUAUGCGGAGGUCAACCAUCUCCUGGAACGGAUCCUCAAGCUGUACAUCAAAACUGUGACUUGUUCUCCGGAGAAGAUGGAUCCCCAGAUGUUUGAGCGCUUCUGGAAGCAGUUCAAGCACAGUGAAAAGGUCCACGUGAAUCUGCUGAUCCUGGAGGCCCGGCUGCAGGCAGAGCUACUUUAUGCCCUCCGUGCCAUCACGCACUACAUGGUCUCCUAGGCCACGGGGGCCACCUGGACUCAGACUCCUGGGCUCUGGCAGGGGCCCCUCCCCAUGUUUACUUGAUAACUUCUCCUUUCCCUUCAAGAUGUGAAAAGCAGGGUCUUCCCUCCGGGCGAAAACAGGCCUGCCCGCAGAAGCCGCAGGGCUGGUGGGCAGCUGGCUGUGUCCCUGCUCAUCUAUGGGCCACGAGAUGUGGCUUCUACGUACUUGAGGUGUGGGAAGGACAUCAUUCCUCUUUCUUUCCCAGUCAACUCUAGCGACAAUGUUUAGUCUCCGUUACAGUAUUGGGGAGGGGGCUCCCUUGUCUUGUGCCGUUCCUGCUGCUCAUCGAGUAUACCCAGCUGUCCUUGAGGGCUGGGAAGGGGGUCUGCCAUCUUGGACUGGGGUUUCUGGAGAGAGAAGAGGGUUGCUUUCUGCUGGCUUCAUCUUGCACUGGGAGUUUGGGGGGGAGUUGGGGUGGGAAGGGUCCCUAGCACUUCUUCUAGUGACAGCUCACCCUCUACCUUUCAUCCAAAUAGUCCUCGGAAGCCAAAUUUGCCAGGCAGGGCUCUUAUCCCAUCCCCCCUCCUCAUGUCCAAAGCCCCACACUUGCAAAUGUGCUGUCCUCCCUCACAGCCGCCUUCCAUGCUGUGGCCCUUGGCUGACCGCCCCCCUUGCACUUCCCUGCCCCACGGUGCAGAUACCCAGCCUGCCUUGGCUUUUCUCUUGGCUGCUCAGGGGGUCCCGCUUCUCUUGCUCCAAGGAGUGAGUUUGGGUGCUGGGCAGGCCCUCGUUGACAGGGGCAGGCUUCAUGCAGCAAGACUUCCGCCAGUAGAGGGCGGAAGAACUCUGCAACCGGAGGGGGGGGGGUGUCGAUGGCUAACAAGGGGGCAACUGGCAAAGGAGGCUGGCUGGGUGGAGAGGGAACCUGGCGCAGGACAUGUGGCAGCAGCUGACUUGUUUACUGUGUAAAUGUUUUGGGGAACAUUUGUGUGGGGAAGAGAGAAAUGCCUAUUUUUGCUAUAAAUAUAAAUGUUUGACAAAGUG